UAGGUCACACUACUCAAAGUCCAUCUCCGCCCCGACUCUCCAAACCCUCCCUUUUUGAUUGAUGAUUGACCCACCAGCAUCUCUCAAUUCUCCUGCAUUUGAAACCCUAGAAAUCAAGUCCUUUAUCCUUCACUUUCGCUUCGUCAAACCCUACAACAGUAAUUAAAAAAAGGGUUUUUCUUCUUUCGUCUAGAAAUGCCAAUUUCACAGCAAAUACGCAAAACCCUGUGGAUUCUCUUGAAACCCCAGGAAACCAAAAGAUGGGUUUUUACGUUUUCGACGAUUGUUUCUUCUUAUGGGUGCUAGUCUAGGGUUUUUUCAAGAUGAACAUAUUUAGGGCAAAUCAAGAAUCUAUGUGAAAAUUCCAAUCUUUUUUUUUUUUUUACCACCAAACCCCCCCAAUUGGUUUCUCCUGAAACCCAGGAUUUGUUUUUUGUUUAGAUUUUGUCUGGUUUAUUAAGGUUGAUCUGGUUUAGUUUAGGGCAAAAAUAUAUGGAGGGUUGUGAUCAAAGCAAGGUGUUUGUGGGUGGGAUAUCAUGGGAGACAACAGAGGAUGUGUUGAAAGAACACUUCGGCAAGUACGGAAAAGUGGUGGGUGCUGUGAUUGCUAAAGAUAGAAGCACUGGUAGCUCUCGUGGGUUUGCUUUUGUUUCCUUCUCUGAAGCAUCUGAUCUGAAUAAAGUUCUUCUUGGUACCCAUACUAUUCUCGGGAGAACGGUAGAAGUGAAAAAGGCAGUUCCAAGAAGUGAACAGAACCAGAAUCAGAAUCAGAACCAGCAAGAACAGAGUAGGGGAUUGAAUAGAAACAGUAGAACUAAUGGUAUUAGUAGUAGCAGUAACUUAAAGAUUAAGAAGAUUUUUGUAGGGGGAUUGCCGGCUAACUUAACUGAAGAUGAAUUCAAGGUCUACUUUGAAAAGUUUGGUAGAAUUACUGAUGUUGUUGUGAUGCAUGAUAAUGUAACCCGCAGACCAAGGGGUUUUGGCUUUAUCACUUUCGAUUCCGAGGAUUCUGUUGAAGAAGUUAUGCAAAAAAGUUUUCAUGAAUUGAGUGGCAAGCUCGUGGAGGUUAAAAGGGCUGUACCGAAAGAGGAUAAUGGUGUUUCUAGUGGCAAUGGAUUUAGCAAUUACUCACCUCAUAGACCUAGAUACGAUGUUCUUCCCAGUUAUGGUGUUGUUUAUGGUGGCUAUCCUUAUGGUGGUGGUGUAUAUGGUGGUGCUUAUUAUGGAGGGAUUAAUUAUGGAUUGGCUCCGGUUUCACCUAGAGUUCCAUGGGGUCCACCCACGAUGGUUAGCAUCAGGGGAAACCCGUAUCCUAUGACUGUUUAUCCUGCUUACAUGAACAAUGGACACGGGGUAAUGGGUAUGGCUGCCAAUGGUUAUAAUGGGAUCAUGGGGUCUGCACCAAAUGAAAAACCGAGUCAACUCAGUGGCGGCAACGAACAACUUGAAGCAGAUGCAGGCUCUUCUCAGGUUGAUAGAUGAAAUGUAGAUAUGUUAUCCUUUGGGUUAAUCUGGUGGGAAGACUAGCCAGCAGGACUAACAGGUUACUGGAUUCUCAUAAUUUACCAUUCUUGAUGUUCAGUUAUCGUUUCUUCAGGUGAAUUUAACGUAUUAUAAAGAUGGUUCUUGCGAUGUAUCAUUUCUGGUUUCAAUAAUUCUUGGAUUUGGUAUUUGGAUUUAUGUAAUUUCACUCAUGUGUCAAUGUCUAUAUGUCAUUUGUGC